AUGCUGUUUGCUCUUGCCCUUGCCUCAAUCCACUUGCCAGUGCCCUCCCGGUCUUCGCUGGCGGAUGAGCGUGAAUGCACCGACAUAAACGACUGCAGGCGACUCUUCGACAUCGUCUGGGGCUGUCUCGCGACGAUAUUCCUCUGCAUCUGGGUCUCCGUCCACCCCAAUGUGCCGCCUCCCCGUCCCGCACGACCGGACAAAUGCGCUGGUUCCCAAAGCUUGGUGAAGUGGCAGCUUAUCGACAAGAAUGAACCGCUGCUGCAUCGCGCGAAGCUGAUGACUGUGGCCCUCGUUGCGCCGGAGCUUAUCAUUGGGCUUGCGACGAGGCAAUUCGUCAUGGCGUGGUCGCUCUCAGAAGGUUGGGCCACAACUUUAUCCCCUGUUUUAUGCUCAUAUUCAUGGAGAGUAUAA